AUGAGUCAUUCAAAAAAAAUAAUAGCUGAAUAUGGAAGUUGGUGGAGUUCCAUCGAUGCAAGUAUUUCGAGCAGUGGAAAUUGUAAAAUGAUUUCUGAAUUGCAAUGUGGUGAAAACUCAGUAUUUUGGGUGGAAUCACAGUUUCCUACUGGCCGGCGAGCAUUGUUUCAGGCAAAAAAGGAUGAAAAUGAAAUAAUCGAAUGGACUCCGCAAGAUAUUAGCGUAAGGAAUACAGUACAUGAAUACGGUGGCGGAUCAUUUAUUGUUGUCGAUGAUGCGCCCUAUUAUAUUACUCAGGAUGGCAUAUUUAGGCAAGUAGCUGCAGGUAAUGAACCCGAGCUGAUUGUUGCUGGUGAUCGUUCACAUCGUUUCGCAGAUCUGUGUUAUCACAAGGGUAUCUUAUUUGCUAUUUAUGAGGUGCAUUCUGGGAACGAGGUGGAAAAUAUGAUCAUACGAAUUGUAGAAGGUGCCGUUCAUCCUAUCGUCACUGGUGCAGAUUUUUAUGCGUUUCCUCGAAUAAGUCCUGAUGGACAAUGGUUCACAUGGAUGGAAUGGAAUAUGCCGAAUAUGCCAUGGGACGAAACAACAGUUGUUAUUUCUUCAAUUAAAGAAAAUGGUGAUAUUGACGAGACUUGCCGAAUUUCUCGUGAAGGUAUCAAUUAUCAUAGUCCGGAAUGGAGUUCAGCUGGCAAUUUGUAUUUAAUUUCGGAUCAUACUAAUUGGUGGAAUAUAUACGAGGUCAACUUAACUGAACGUAAAUUGGACCAGAAUAUAUUUCCAGUUAAUGCCGAAAUUGGUGCUCCACUUUGGCAGUUUGCUGAGCGACAUUUUGCUUCAAAUAAAAAGGGUUAUUUUCAUCUUGUGAUUAACUUAAGCAUUUUGAUGAAUGUUUCUGGGAAAUUGGUGUAUAAGGAAUGGAAUAAAAAAGUGAAAGCGAUUGAUUGCUCAUGUUACACCAGUUUCAAAUGCCUCGCCCUAGAUGAAAGUGGUACUGCUUAUGCAAUUGCCUCAGGUCCGGCCAAAUCGUCAUCAGUAAUCAAAAUUCAGCUCGACACAAAUCAGAUGUUUGUUCUUCGAGAAUCACGAUCUUCCUCUGAUAUUGACAAGCAUGAUAUUUCAAUGCCGGAAUCGAUAUAUUUUCAGUCAGAUGAUAUUAGUAUACAAGCGUGGUUUUAUCCUCCAUUUUCCAAAACAUAUGUAGCUCCAGAAGGUACUUUGCCACCUGUCGUUCUAGUCGCACAUGGCGGUCCCACAGCUUAUUCUUCGAACACUCUUGAUAUGAAAAUUCAGUAUCUAACUACAAGAGGUUUCGCUGUCUGUGAUGUAAAUUAUCGCGGUUCUACUGGAUUCGGGACAGUUUUCCGUAAUAUGUUACGACGUAAUUGGGGUAUCGCUGACAGGAAUGAUAUGAUUAAUGCUGCUAGUUACUUAAUUUCCCAGAAGCGAGUCGAUCCGAAACGAUUGUGUAUUAUGGGUAGUUCAGCAGGCGGUUAUCUUCUUCUAGCCACUCUUUUAAAGUCUGAUUUAUUUUCUGCAGCAGCCUCACUUUACGGUGUGAGCGAUUUGAUUGGUUUGGCGAAAGAUACUCACAAAUUUGAGCUUGGUUACAAUGAACAACUCAUUGGAAAGUUUCCGGAAGAGAGAGCUCUUUAUGAACAAAGAUCACCGUUUAGUCACAUUAACCAGCUUUCAACACCAGUUGCAUUUUUCCAUGGUGAGGAUGAUCCCGUAGUACCACUCACACAAAGUAUGCAAUUAUAUGAAGCAUUAAAAAUGAAAGGAGUGCCUACUUCAUUGACUGUUUUCCCAGGUGAAGCACACGGCUUCAAAGGUUCUUUUGCGAAUGAGGUGACACUGAGUGGUUUCUAUUAUUUCUUUUGUCAUAUGCUGGGUAUUAAACCUUCAGCGGAAAGCCAGAAGAGUAGAGCACAAGAUGUGCCAGUAUUUUCUACACCAUUUGUUAUUAAUCGGCUCAACAUUUCAGGGAAAGAUGUACCAAUGAGACCAAAAGAUUGA